UUCAAUUCAACAACAGCAACAUUUCCGAACCCAAUAAACCAAAACCAUCAACCCAACCCGAAACACAGAAUCAACCAAACCGGAAAUUGUAACCCACCCACCCGUUUCUCUCUUCUCUUUCAUCACCAACACCCAUUUUGCGUAUACCUAUCGGAAUCGGAUCCAAUCCAAGUCCAAACACGCAUCAUCAUCCAUCGGGUUCUCUCUCUCCUCCUUUCCCUUCUCUCCAAACCCUAUCAUUUUAUGCCGGACCCUCCGAUCGGACUCAAACACCGCAACCACCACACUCUCUCUCCUAGGUUUUAAAUUGCAGCUGUAAUUGUGAUCGUCACAGUUGUGUUGUGGACUCAUGUAGGCCAAUUGCGGCUGAUGUGGUUCGCGAUCACAGCCUGAUGCGGCUCUAAUAACCGCAAUCGAGAUGAUUGAGCUGUAUCAUGUGAUGUGGUUUGCAACUUAAAACCUUGCAGUAUGGAACAUAACUGGUUUGGGAUUUUAAGGUCUUGUGAUCUUGCCAGUUUGUAUUUGCAAGGAUUGAGUGAGUUUAUCAAAAGCUAUGGUUGAUCCCUUAGUUCUUUGUCUCAUUCAUGGAAGAGUGAGGGUGAGCCUUGGCACAGCGGUAAAGUUGCUGUCUCAUGACUUAGAGGUCAUAAGUUCAAACCUAGAAACAGUUUGCUUGCAGGGGUGUUGAUAAUCUGAAGCCUAUGCAAUGGAAAUAUCAAAUGAUUCAGGUACUAAGAAACCUAAAAGGCUGACAUCUGUUGUCUGGAAUCACUUUGAAAGGAUUAGAAAGGCGGACAUCUGCUAUGCUGUUUGUGUGCAUUGUAACAAGAAACUUAGUGGAUCAAGUAACAGUGGAACUACUCAUCUGAGAAAUCACUUGAUGCGGUGUCUGAAAAGAUCAAACUUUGACGUGUCUCAACUACUUGCAGCAAAGAGAAGGAAAAAAGAUAAUACCAUCAGCCUAGCAAACAUUGGAUUUGAUGAAGGUCAGAGGAAAGAAGAAUAUAUAAAGCCAACAAUCAUCAAGUUUGAACCAGAGCAUAAGAAAGAUGAAAUCAUUAACUUUGGAAGUAGUAAAUUUGAUCAGGAAAGGAGUCAACUUGAUCUUGCGCGCAUGACCAUAUUACAUGGAUACCCACUGAGCUUGGUUGAACAAGUAGGAUUCAAGGUCUUUGUGAAGAACCUCCAGCCUCUCUUUGAGUUCAUGCCAAACAGUGAUGUAGAGAUUUCUUGUAUCGAUAUCUACAGGAGGGAGAAAGAGAAAGUGUUUGAUAUGAUAAACAGACUACAUGGUAGGAUUAAUCUAUCUAUUGAAAUGUGGUCUUCAACAGAAAAUUCCUUGUAUUUGUGUUUAUCUGCUCAUUAUAUUGAUGAGGAAUGGACAUUACAAAAGAAAAUCCUUAACUUCGUCACACUUGAUUCUUCUCAUACUGAAGACUUACUUCCAGAAGUGAUUAUCAAAUGUCUCAAUGAAUGGGAUAUUGACCACAAGCUUUUUGCCGUGACACUUGAUGAUUGUUCCAUCGAUGAUGACAUCACUCUUAGAAUCAAGGAGCGAGUUUCCGAGAAAAGGCCUUUUUUAAGUACUCGGCAAUUACUUGAUGUACGCUCUGCAGCACAUCUCGUAAAUUCCAUUGCUCAAGAUGCCAUGGAUGCAUUACAUGAGGUGAUCCAAAAGAUUCGAGAGAGCAUCAGAUAUAUUAGAAGUUCACAAGUAGUGCAAGGAAAAUUUAAUGAAAUUGCUCAACGUGCUAGGAUUAACACUCAAAAGUUCUUAUUUCUUGAUUUUCCAGUUCAGUGGAAGUCUACAUAUCUCAUGCUUGAAACUGCACUAGAAUACAGGAGUGCCUUUUCUCUCUUCCAAGAACACGAUCCCUCCUAUUCAGCAAGUCUAACUGACGAAGAGUGGGAAUGGGCUAGUUCUGUUACUGGCUACUUAAAACUUUUAGUUGAAAUUACGAAUGUAUUUUCAGGCAACAAAUUUCCUACAGCGAAUAUAUACUUCCCUGAGAUUUGUGAUGUCCAUAUGCAAUUAAUUGACUGGUGCAGAAGUUCAGAUGAUUUUCUUAGUCCCAUGGCUUUGAAGAUGAAGGCUAAAUUUGACAGGUACUGGAGCAAGUGCAGUUUAGCUUUAGCUGUAGCCGCAGUCCUAGAUCCUAGGUUUAAAAUGAAGUUGGUCGAGUACUACUACUCUCUAAUUUAUGGCAGCACUGCUCUGGAGCGUAUCAAGGAAGUUUCUGAUGGUAUCAAAGAACUUUUUAAUGCGUAUUCUAUCUGUUCAACUAUGAUUGAUCAAGGCUCAGCCUUGCCUGGCAGCAGUUUACCUAGUACUUGUGGUUCCAGAGAUAGGCUAAAAGGCUUUGACAGAUUCCUUCAUGAGACAUCACAGAGUCAGUCUAUCAUAUCAGACUUAGACAAGUACUUAGAAGAACCAAUCUUUCCACGCAAUUCCGAUUUUAACAUAUUGAACUGGUGGAAAGUCCACAUGCCAAGGUACCCAAUUUUGUCUAUGAUGGCACGUGAUGUUCUUGGGACUCCAAUGUCAACUCUGGCGCCAGAAUUGGCAUUUAGCACUGGGGGCAGAGUGCUAGAUUCUUCUCGUAGUUCACUAAACCCGGACACGCGAGAGGCUUUGAUAUGCACCCAAGAUUGGCUCCAAAAUGAAUCUGGAAAUCUAAAUCCAUCUCCAAUCCAUUCUGCUCUACCUCUUCUCAUCGAAUGAAGUUAAUUUUUUCAAGGUCUUAUUGAAGAAGCAUCUUAGAAUUGUCGAGUUCUCCUUUGAAGUGAUCUAGCCUUUGCAAAUAUUCUGUGAAGAUGCAUUGUAUAUUCUAGAAUAACAAUGUAGAUUUUUAAUAUUUAUAGAUCUCUUUUCUAUUAGUUGUUUUUAUUGGACUAGCACACGGCUGAAUCUGAUUUUGGAAAGAGGGGUUGCGUGCCCUCGAUAUCAAAAUCUUUCAUUGUCUGGAAAAGUUUUCUUUUGCUUCACUGUUCAUACAAGAAGGUUGCGCAAAAUGAAUGAUCUUAACGAAUAAAGAUCUUCAGUAGUGGUACGGUUUUAACUGAAA